AUGAGUGCCGUUUCGAUUGUGUUGAUUGCUCUUGGUGGCACGUUUCUUUUCCUUUUUGUGAAGAUCUCGUGUUGCAGACAGUAUUGCUGGUGCCCGGAUCUUGGAGGAUUAGGAUCCCUGCAAGAAAUCCAUUCCAUGAAGCAAUUAGAGUAUCAUCUUCAUACUCUUUCAGUGCAAGUCAACUUUGAGCUGAAAUCUUCGGUGAAGACAGCGACUAUGAAAUCAAUUAUCAGUCAACUUAAAACGGAACUUGGACCAAUGAUGCAACUCGUCAAACCGAUGGCCGAGUUCUAC